AUGUAUCACCUGGCCAAGUCGCUGUAUACUUACGCGACUAGCAAAGAAGAGUACUCCGUCCUCCUCCUCGGCCUAGAUAACGCCGGCAAGACCACGCUCCUCUCCCAAAUCAAAGCCCUCUACCAGCCUCGCCCAGAUGGUGCUCCCGCGCCGAACCCCGGCAAGACCGUCCCCACCGUCGGCCAGAAUGUCUCAACCAUCUCCUUAUCGGAUAUGAACCUGAAGAUCUGGGAUGUCGGCGGCCAGAUUUCCAUGCGCGGCCUCUGGCAAAGCUACUACUCAAGCUGCCACGCGAUCAUCUUCGUGGUCGACAGCGCCGACGUAGGCCAAGAUCCAGAUAUCACCCGGCUUCCCUCCGCCUCCAGUCGACGGCCCAGCUCCGUAACAGGUCCCACGCGAGGGAGUGGCGGUCCAACCGACCAGUUCUCCGAACAUACAGUCGGCAUCAAUGCCCCCGGGAGUGAUUUCGGACGUCUAGAUGAGUGCCGACAGGUCCUGGAGUCGGUCCUGCAAAACGCCGACGUGGCUGGUGUGCCCAUCCUCGUUCUGGCCAAUAAGCAAGAUCGUGAAGAUUGCGUCGAAGUGGUUCGCAUAAAAGAGGGCCUUGUGCGGAAAGUCUUCGAGGGAGAAACAGGAAGCGGCGUUCGAGACAGUCGCGUGCUGCCGGUCAGCGCGUUGUUGGGGUCUGGCGUGCAGGCUGCCGUUGAGUGGGUGCAGAGUCGCGUCCGAUGGAAUAAGGAGGGUCGGCCACCGGUUAUGCGGUGA